AGUCCAGGAGGGUGCCGGCCAAGGGAGGGGGCGCGGCGUCGGUGAAGACCGGCGCUCCCGCAGGCCGUGGAGGCGAUGCUGGCUGCUGCGGGGCAGGCGGCUGGACGGACGGGAAUGUGACGGGACCGCCCCUCGCCUCUCUCCCUUCCUCGGGCGGGCAGGUCGCUGGGCGACCCGCAGCCGGGCCGCGGCCGAGGAGGCAGCGCGACCUCCGCACGAUUCUGUCAAGUUUUAAGAACCAAUGCACCUUAUAGCCCAUGGAAGAAAAAACACAAAUCAAGACAUUUUUGGGUUCCAAGCUGCCGAAAUAUGGAAUGAAAUCUGUGAGAAGUACAUUGCAGCCGAUGCCAAAUGGGGCCACUGUGACUUUAUUAGGGACCUCCAAGAGUAGUAAUGUCAAAAGUUACAUAAAAAAUAAUGGCUCUGAUUGUUCAUUGUCCCAUUCAUUUAAUUGGAGAAAAACAAAUAAAUAUCAACUUGGUUCACAAAAUACAGCAGAACUUAGUAAUAUUCAAAGUACACAUGAUAAACUAAUUGAUCCUCAACAACAUGCGCCUGCUCCAGGAACGCUGGAUGGGAAUGGGAUAAAGGGAGGUUUGAAAAGUCCUUCCUUGUUCACAUCCAAGUUAGCAAGACCAUCAACCAUGUUUGUGUCAUCGGCAGAGGAGUUAAGUCAAAAAUCUUUUUCUGGACCAUCUAAUUUGGGUAAAUUUACCAAAGGCACAUUACUAGGAAGGACUUCAUAUUCUUCGGUCAAUGCGAAGUCACAUUUGAAUGCGUUUUAUGGGAACCGAUCCCCUGGUAACAUGCAGAAGCCAAGAGUGAACUCGUGUGCCAGCAGAAGUAGUUCUGGAGAAAGCUUAGCACAGUCCCCAGACAAUGCUGAAUCUAUUACUUGUGAAAAAAUGGUAAGGUCACAAAGUUUUUCACAUUCCAUUCAGAAUCCCUUCCUUCCACCUUCAUCUAUAACCAGAUCACAUUCCUUCAACAGAGCUGUAGACCUUACAAAGCCUUAUCAGAACCAACAGCUACCUGUUCGAGUGCCUCUCCGGUCAGGUAUGCUAACAAGAAGUUCUCGGCAGUCAGAAGUACUCAAUGGGAAUGAACACUUGGGGUUUGGUUUCAACAGGCCUUAUGCUGCUAGUGGAAAGAAACUGGCUUUAUCAAAUGGUCCAGGCGUAUCGUCCACUUUGGUUUAUAGAAUGGGUCAUCCCUCUCUACUGAAAUCUAGCCGACCUCCAUUUUCUGGGUCUAUGACAGUUGAUAGUAAUAAAAAUCCACCUGCUGACAUGUGCGUAGAGGAAGAAGGUAUGGUGUCGGCAAAGGACAGCUCUCCUGGUAAGGACCAAGAACUAAUUGAAAAUGAAAGUUACCGAAGAGACAAUGAUCAGACUAUGAAGCAUGAUUCUAAAAUUAGGUACCUGAGUGAUGAUGUGGAUGAUAUCUCCUUGUCAUCCUUGUCAUCUUCUGAUAAGAAUGAUUUAAGUGAAGAUUUCAGCGAUGAUUUUAUAGACUUAGAGGACUCCAACAGAACUAGAAUAACUCCUGAGGAGAUUACUCUCAAAGAAGAAAAGCAAGAGAAUGGGCCAUCAAAGGAUAUAUUUGAUUCUCCUAAGGAAAGUGAACAGAUCUUCAGUAAAGCUGACGAAUGGAUAGAUAUAAGUGUCUCUGACAGGAGUGAAUGUACAAAGCAUACAUCUGGAAACAACUUGAUUUCACCAGAUACGGAUUACAGAGCUGGGUCUUCAUUUGAACUCUCUCCAUCCGAUAGCUCAGAUGGAACAUACAUGUGGGAUGAAGAGGGCCUGGAACCCAUUGGCAGUGUCCAUCCUGUUGGCAGCUAUGAGUCCUCCGAAAUGAACAGCAUAGAUAUUCUGAAUAAUCUUGAAUCGUGUGACCUUGAGGAUGAUGACCUUAUGUUGGAUGUGGAUUUGCCGGAGGAUGCACCUCUUGAAAAUGUGGAGUGUGACAAUAUGAACCGCUUUGACCGAACAGACAGAAAUGUACGACAGUCGCAGGAUGGAUUUUGGAAAAGGCCACCACAGAGGUGGAGUGGACAGGACCAUUACCACCUUAGCCACCCUGACCACUAUCAUCACCAUGGAAAAAGUGACCUGAGCAGAGGCUCUCCUUAUAGAGAAUCUCCUUUGGGUCAUUUUGAAAGCUAUGGAGGGACCCCCUUUUUCCAGGCUCAGAAGAUGUUUGUUGAUGUGCCAGACAACACAGUGAUUUUGGAUGAGAUGACCCUCCGGCACAUGGUCCAGGAUUGCACAGCUGUAAAAACACAGUUACUGAAACUCAAGCGUCUGUUACACCAGCAUGACGGAAGUGGAUCAUUGCAUGAUGUUCAGUUAUCAUUGCCAUCGAGUCCAGAGCCAGAAGACGAUGAUCAGAUAUAUAAGAAUGAAGAUUUACUAAAUGAAAUAAAACAACUUAAAGAGGAAAUAGAGAAAAAAGAUGAAAAAAUCCAACUCUUAGAGCAUCAGCUUGCAACCCGAUGUAACUGCCACCAGAAAUCUAAAGAGGAAAAGUGUACAUAUGCUGAUAAAUAUACCCAGACACCCUGGAGAAGGAUUCCUGGUGGGUAUUCUGCUCCCUCCUUCUCUCCUUGGCAGGGCUCCUUCCAGGGGAUGCCACGGACUGUUCCACCGCACCGCAGACAGACCUCAAGUACUACAGCCUUCCAGCAGCCUUCCCAGAUCUACAGACCACGCCCAGGGAAAAUUAAUAAAGUCCCAACGUAUCGAGGCCCACAGUGAAUAUGCAGUUCAGGGCAUGUGUCCGGGUGGCGCACAUCCAGAUGGAAGCUUUACACAUGGCUUGCAACAAGACAGCAGCCGUGGUUUGGAAGAGCGUCCUUUCUCGUCAAGCCCACAGUUCACAGUGGAUGUGGUGAAGGACAUACCUUCUGAAACGAGCCUGAGCAUGACUGUGAAUGCUCAAGAGCCUUAUCAUUUCGCAGAAAAAAAACCCAGUGACAUGCAGUUUGUAAGUCCUCCUCCUCCUCAGACCCCUUCCCAGUCAAGUACAGUGGACCAGACUAAGAGGGGUGGAAGAAACCAGUGUCCUCAGCCCAAGUCCUUGCAGCUUUUAAAGCCAUCCAACCUGAGUUCUUUGUCACCUCCUCCAGAUUCUGAUUCAUCACCAAGUAGAACUUCCACAUGUAAGAAGGCACCAGGAACCACACCAUGCAAUUCAAAACAUCAGCCAACAUCCAAACAAAACAACCCUGCAAAUCAUUUGAAUCUGAAAACAUCUAAGCUCCGUCCCCCUUCUGGCUCUUUCAAGCAAAAACAAAUAAGCAGUCCUCAAGUAGAGCCUCAAAACUUCCAGGCCAAGACAAGCAUCCCAAGGCCCUUAGCACGACCAAAAGAGCUGCAUGCCCCACACAGCAGUUUGCAUUCUGGGGAUUGUGUGGCCUCUAAUCGAUAUUCUCGUCUUCCUAAACCAAAGAUACAUUAAGUGCACAGUCAUCACCUGCCAGUUUGUUUUUUGAAAACAGUCUGCUCUCUAAUAGCUUUAUGUGCAGCUUAUUACUAUGUCGGAGGUUCCAUUUCAGCAAAUCUUAAAAUUAAAAUGCAGAAGCUUCUACUA